GAGGAUGUUUUACUGUCACCACCAGAGCCAAAGACCAGAGCUGGAUUCUUAAAAUAUUCACGUCAAAUCACACUGGCUCCAAACACAGCAAACACACAUUUGUUAUUAUCUGAGGGGAACAGAAAAUCAACAAGAAUGAAUCAACAACAGUCUUAUUCUGAUCAUCCAGACAGAUUCACUAAAUGGUGUCAGGUCCUGAGUAGAGAGAGUCUGACUGGACGUUGUUACUGGGAGGUGGAGUGGAGAGGGAGAGGAGUUUAUGUAGCAGUUGCAUACAAGAAUAUCAGCAGAGCAGGGAGCCGUGAUGAAUGCGUAUUUGGAUUCAAUGACAAAUCUUGGUCUUUACAUUGUGACACAAACAGUUAUAUAUUUUGGCACAACAAAGUCCAAACUGUCCUCUCAGGUCCUCGGUCCUCCAGAGUAGGAGUGUACCUGGAUCACAGAGCAGGUAUUCUGUCUUUCUACAUCAUCUCUGAAACCAUGACUCUCCUCCACAGAGUCCAGACCACAUUCACUCAGCCGCUCUAUGCUGGACUUUAUCUUUUGGGGCUUAAAACUGCAACUGCAGAGCUGAUUAAAGUCAAAUAGACCUUUGAGCUUCCAGUUUUUUGUUCUUGUCUUUGCUGUUGAGAGCUCACUGUUGUGCUGUUUCUUCUCUGCACAGAGAUCACUUUAUGGCUGCGAGUUUGACAUCUUCUGAUUGAUUGUCUGUAGUUACCUAUAAAUUUACCUGAAACUGUAUUCAAAUCAAUGCAGCACUUUUUCUCUGUUGAGUCUUUGUGAACAGAUCAGAGUGACAUGUGAGAAAUUUAUUUCAAAACAGUUUCCACUGGACCCCAAAGUAAGUAAAGGAAGUAAUGAUCAUAAACAUAAUCAAGCAAUAAUUCAACAGUUUUAGGGCCUCAAGUUUUUUCAUUGCUUAAACGACAAUAACACUGGAACUUUAUUUAGUUUUAUUUCUUAAAGAUUUGGAUUUUAUUGGGGGCCAGUCUAAUGUAGUUUAAAUAGAACAAACUACAUAUUAUGUAGUUUGUUCUAUUUUCUGAAUUGACAGGAUUUCUCUUCCUUUCUGUUGUUUAUUUACUUCCUUUACAGAGAAGAAAAUAUUGUUUUAAUAGAAGAAAACCUGCACAAAAAGUAGUUCAUGUCUCUCAGUCAGUCCAGUGUGUGAUGUCUCGUGAACUCAGUAAGAUCGAUGGGAGUUUGUGGCAGAAAUUAACUGAUAGAUUAAAUGUUGUGAAUAAUUCUCAAACUGCUUUGACGCUGUGUUGAUGAGAGUAAAUCUAAGUUUCGUAGUCUUUUAAAAUCAAUAAAAUGAUGAAUUCUCUGAUGGUUUUUAUCUUGACCUACAGAAAGCUUUUCAUACAGUAGAUCAUAUCAGUUAUUCAGGAAACUAGAGAGAUAUGGAAUAAGAUGUGUCGCCUAUUCCUGUGGAAAAUGGAAAACUGUGUUGUUUAUACAGAAGAUACAAAUUUAUUGUGUUCUGGACAUAAAAUGUAAAGAAUCUCUUGUAUACAAUUGAAAAUGAACGGGAAAUUUUUAAGAUGUGGUUUGAUAUCAAUAAAUUGACCCUUAAUAACAA